ACAGCCUGGGCUGUAUGACUAACAUGAAUCUAGUGCUGACAAAGCAGAAUUUGCUGCAUAUGGAACUGUUACUGUUAGAGACCUUUCAGUGGAACCUCUGCCUUCCCACAGCUGCCCAUUUCAUUGAGUAUUACCUCUCUGAAGCAGUACAUGAGACAGACCUGCAUGACGGCUGGCCAAUGGUUUGUUUGGAAAAGACUAAACUCUACAUGGCCAAAUAUGCAGAUUACUUCUUGGAAGUAUCUCUGCAAGUAGCUGCUGCAUGUGUGGCUUCUUCAAGGAUUAUCCUUCGUCUUUCUCCAACAUGGCCUACGAGACUGCAUCGUCUUACUGCUUACUCCUGGGAUUUCUUAGUGCAGUGUAUUGAACGACUAUUAGUUGCUCAUGACAAUGAUGUGAAAGAAGCGAACAAGCAGAGGGGACAGUCAGCUCCUCAGUCCGCACAGCUAGGUGUGCUCCAGACAGCUCAGCCCUCACGGCCAGCUCACUUCCAGCAACCUCACUAUCUUCAUCAGACCUCGAUGCAGUAUCGACACCCCGUGUCAGAACAGCCAAGUCGUCCGCAGAUUGCGUCUACCACACACACCUCAUCUUACACUCUUCAGACUUGUCCUACAGGCUUCCAAACUAGUGUUCAGGGCCUUGGCCACAUGCAGACUGGUGUUGGGACGUCCCUGGCAAUACCAGUGGAAGUUAAACCCUGUCUUAAUGUUUCUUAUAACCGGAGUUACCAGAUAAAUGAACAUUUCCCAUGUAUUACUCCAUGCUUUGAGAGGUGAUGACAUACAUAUUGUAGGUCAAAACUGACCCAGACUGUUCUGAGAUGGAUAGCUCUGGGGCAAGCUUUUUGUACUCUUCAAAAAGAA